AAUAAUAAAAUUACAGCACGAAAAAUAUGAAACAGUCUAAGCUAAAUUAAAAGCAACAAUUACAAAGCCUAAAAACUAGGAAGGAUGUACAACACUAUGUUUACUGACAUAAUUACAGUUUGAUCUAAUAUACUGAUAAUUAUCGAAAAGUCCCUCAGGCUCUAUGUGGCGAAUAUCCAUUAACCCAAUUAACUAAAUAUUGUACUGCAGACUUUUCUAUUCAUUUGUUGAAAUAACGCAUUCGUGUGUGGUUGUGACUUGUGAAGUUAGACAAGAUAAUAUUUGGUAAAAAAAUGGAGGGUGAAGUGGAUGAAAAUGGUAUGGUUAUAAUCACGAAUGUGUAUGGUGACGUAUGUAUUCGCAAGGCCAGAAGAAAACGUCAGAAGCUGCUGAUAAAAGAGCUCAUGUAUGACUAUGCUAACAACACCACUUUGCAUGGUCUUCCGUAUGUCACUAGAAAUGGAUUAACUCGCCUUGAAAGGGUCGUGUGGCUAAUAAUGUUUCUGACUAGUGUGUGUCUGUGUCUCUUCUUGAUCAGCAAAGUCUGGUACAAAUGGCAGACCAGCCCAGUGAUAGUAACUGUCAGUGAACAGUUAGUACCAGUGAGUAUGGUACCGUUUCCAUCAGUGACAAUAUGUCCACAAUCAAAGUGUAAAGUGUCAGUCUACAAUUUUACCGCGAAGAACAUACAAUGGAAAAAAUUUAAAUAUCAUUAUAGGCUUAACGGAAGCAUUCUAAAUGAGACAAUGGUAAAAGAUGCUGCUAAGUACUAUGGAAUAUCACAAAUAUGUGAUAUUAUCGACUUUUCAUCUUAUUCGUUAGGAGAAAAGUAUCGUUACACAGAUUCUUCUAUUGUGGAUAAUUUAUUAGAGAUUUCUCCCGAUUAUGACGAUGUCUUUUAUUACUGUACAUUGAAUGGAAAGGGUAGAAGUUGUGCAGACAUCUUCGACAAGGUGGUCACCAGUGAAGGAAUCUGCUACACAAUGAAUUCUCUUGCUGCCUCCGACAUUCUUCGGACUGAGACAAUACAGAAAGACUACUUUUAUUUGAAUUCAUCGAAAGAAAUAAAGGGUUGGUCUCUCGAACAUGGUUAUUCGUACGAAAAUAACCAUUCUAAUCCAUCGUCAUCGUAUUAUCCAAUGCCAGGAAUGCCAAACAGAGCAUCACCUGACGUAGAGAUAGUACUACGAGAGUAUCAUGUUCGAGACAAACUCUGCAAUGCCAUUAGAUCUGGAUUUAAGGUAUACAUUCAACAUCCGACUGAUCUGCCCCAGUCUUCGCUGUACUACUACGCUGUAUUGAACUCUCAAGUCUCCUCAAUGGCACUCAGCUUCAGUAUCCUGAACAGUUCGGAAAGAUUGAGGAGUUACGAUGCAGAAAUACGUCAAUGUUAUUUCCCUGAUGAAAGGUACUUAAAGUAUUUUAAAAUAUACACUGCGAGCAACUGCAUGAUUGAAUGUCUCUCUAACAUUACAUAUGAACAAUGUGGCUGUGUGGAGUUCUAUAUGCCACACUCAAGCAGCAAAAAAAUUUGCACCCAGUAUGAUGAUGAUUGUAUUGAAACUGCAAGAGAAACGAUGCUUCAUCGAGAGUCGUCUCAAGGAGAUUACGUGUGUCACUGCCUACCAUCAUGCAACUCCGUCGACUACGAUGCAGAAAUAUUGAAAACAGAUUAUAAUCUACAAAAAUUGAUUGAUAUUUAUGAUGCAAUAUAUAAAAUUCCUGAUAAAGAAGAACUUAAUAGUUACAACUACUCCAAGAUGGAGAUAUAUUUCAAGAAGCCUAGAUUCCUGUCGAUGCGUCGCUCUGAGUUGUUUGGCAUAAUUGAUUUCCUCUCCAACUGCGGUGGUCUCCUAGGAUUGUUCUUAGGAUUCUCAUUCCUCAGUUUGAUGGAGAUUAUUUAUUUCCUCACUUUAAGGUUAUGCUGUACAUUAAAGAAGGAUUUGGAAGAAGAAAAAAAUGAAAAAUUAUCACACGGGAAGGAAAUUCACUUGGAGAAAUAUUAGUACCUACACAUUAGAUUGAAAUAUUUUGGAAAAUAACACACAACUACACAUUAGAUUGAUUUUUUUAACACAUCGCCUGUCAAGCCUUUUUACAAAUACACAGAUUUUAAAAAUAAUCAUGAAAAUAUAAAGAAAAUUUUCAAAAUCAAACACAUUGAGCAACUGUACCAAUAUUAGCACAAACAGGACGUCAGUUCAACUCCCGCGCAUCGGAUCAAAGGCACGAUUUAUGCGCUGUCGGAUUACUUCAAUUUAUAGCGCGCUAACGAACGCACGUACCCUGACAUCGAUUAUUACUAGAUCUCUUGAUAUCCGUUCGGAAAUAGAAAUAAAAAUAUGGUCUAUUUAUUGGGAAUCGUGUUUUAUUUAUUUAAAGUAAUGUAUACUGUCAGAGGUUAAAAGGUCAUAGCUU